AUGACAAAUCCAAGAGACCAUAGUAAUGUGAGUGCAGUGACAAUAAAAAAUGGGAAAUCACUUGGGAUGUCUGAAGAAAAACCUGAGAACGAAGACCAUUUGCUCGAAGUGGAUCUAGAAAUCAAAGAAAAUCAUACCACUACGAAAGAAGAGGUUACACCAGAACAGGUUGUGAAAGAAAAACCAAAAGAACCAAAACCUAUCACCAAACUCCCAUUCCCUACAAGGAAUAAGAACAAAGGCCAACAUGAGAAUUUUUUUGAGAAGUUUUUAGAAAUGUUCAGAAAGUCAAAAAUCAACAUUCCAUUCUCUGAGACACUUGAGCAGAUACCCAUCUAUGCAAAAUUCAUGAAGGAUGUCAUCUCUAAGAAAUGCAUCAUUGACUCUGAACCUAUACUUCUGACUAAAACUUGCAAUGCUAUUUUGCAAGGUAUGAAGAUCCCAGUUAAAAAGAAAGAUAUAGGUUUUGUCACCAUUCCAUGCACUAUUGGAGAUAGAUCAUUCAAAAAGGCACUUAUCGACUUGGGAGCUAGUGUGAGUCUUAUGCCUUUAUCCAUUUACAAGAAGUUAGGAAUAGGUACGGUUCAAGAUACCAGGAUGACACUCCAGUUUACAGAUCACUCAGUGAAGAGACCUUAUGGUGUAGUUGAAGAUGUUUUGGUUAAGAUAGAUAAAUUUGUGUUCCCUAUUGAUUUUGUGAUUCUUGAGAUGCCUGAAGAUGAAGAGAUUCCUCUUAUUCUGGGAAGACCUUUCCUAGAAACAGGAAGAUGCAUGAUAGACAUUGAGGAAUGA